UUCGCCGCCUUGCUGCCCGACUGAUCUGGAGUAUUUCAUGACUCCAUCGUGACUCUUCGCUUCAGUGAUGGAAAAACGCGAAGGUUUGAGUAAGUUGCACUUGGUGACUCCUCCAACAGCCAUACAAAUAGAGAGACUUUCUACAUCAAUCUUCUCUUUCCUUACCAUCAUAAAUUCGAGCUCUCCUCAACAUUCCAAAAAGAUUUGAUCAACUACUACACUUUGAAACCUCAACACCGAGUCACAGUCAGCUAUGAAGCUUACCGCCCUCACCUUGGCCUUGGUCAGUAGCGCCGCCUACGUAUCUGCCAGACCAGCCGACUCGACUCUCAACUCCAUGGCAAAAGCCUACGCCCUCCACGACAAGACCCGUGCAGCUUUCGCCACAAACCUCACCACCACACUCGCCAACAUGCCUCCAUCCAUGAACGCAGCUUUGAUGACCGAAUUCGCCGCCGCCAUGCCAGGUAAUCCCUACUGCACAGAGGUAGAAGCCAGUUGGUGUAGAGGGAGUAGCCCACCCGCUUGGUGCGACCUCUGCGGCGAUCUUGGAAAAAGAUCUCUUGAUGUCAUCAAGAUAACCUCGGUCACUGAUCUCGAUACUGCUCUGGCGAAUUUGCCUCCUUCUAUGAGUGCAGGUCUCAUGACCGAUUUCGCCAGAGUCACCGCCUCGGGAAAUCCGAGAUGUACAGAUGUUGAAGCGGGUUGGUGUAGAGGAAACCAUCCUCCUGCAUGGUGCUCCAUGUGUGACCUCACAAAAAGCAACGACCAUCCCAUCCUUGCUGCUGCUGCUGCCCCCAUCCACCUCCUCCCUCGGCACCACCCCGACGGCAGAUGCCAUGUCAAAGAAAUAAAAAAAUGCGAAAAGAAAAUCGAACAAAAGUGGAAAAAUAAGAAAAUUCCCACUUCCGGAUUGGUGUAGGGAUUGUGGGUAUGCUGAUGAUGGGUUUAGUGCUUGUCGAUCUUGGCCGGAGCCGAUUUGCCAUUAUGACCAUUGUUCUCCGGGGGGCCAUGGGAAUGAUAUUCCUCGUGGUGAUCAGGGUCAUCGUGAUCAGCGUGAUUAUCAUGGUCAGCUUCAUGGCCAGCAUGAUCACCAUGGCACGCACGGCACGCACGGCAAGCAUGGCAAGCAUGAUCACCAUGGCCAGCAUGACUAGAGGAGUGGGGAGAGAAGAGAGUUUAAGACCUUUCGGAUGUGGUGGAGGGAUGUUAGGGAACAAUGUCGUGUUUUAGUAAGAAGG